AUGGGCGCAGUGGUGUAUAUCCACAUCAAGCAAAUCAAUGAGCCAGCAUCAACGGUAAUGGUAUGCGCUUUAACAAAAAUAGCUCCCAUCAAACGCAUGACCAUCCCUCGACUCGAAAUAAUAGCAGCACUCUUGCUUACUCAACUAGUAGUUGCAACUCAGCAGAUGCUGGAACUCAACGAAGUAAGCACGUAUCUAUGGUCUGAUUCAAGUAUAGCCCUAGCUUGGAUCAAGAGUCACCCAUCGAGAUGGAAGGAUUCCGUCCAAAACCGAGUCAUCAAGAUUCAGGAAUCCCUUCCAGACGCUACUUGUAGGCACACCAGUGUUAAGGAAAAUCCAGCCGACUGUGCAUCCAGAGAACUAUCACCACAGGAGCUAGCAGAACAUCAGCUAUGGUGGUCAGGCCCUGAGUGGAUAAAUCAGGAACCUGAAAACUGGCCAGUAUCAUCAAUUGACUCUCCAGCCGAAGCAUCAGAAGGAGCAAGGUCAACUCCAUCACAUCAGACAUCUAUCAAGGUCAACGCCAUAGCAGAUCUCCUCAACAGAUCCUCAACACUAGUCAACGUCCUCCAAGUAACAGCCACCUUGAACCGAGCCAUCGACAGGUUCAGAAGACAGCCAGUCCUUCAAACACCGGUCCUGACCUCUAGAGAACUCAACGAAGCCAGACUGCUACUUGUGAGAGACCAUCAAAUACCACGGAGUCAUCCACUAGGAAAUCUGACUCCAACUCUAAACAAUGAGAGUAUCAUCAGGCUAGGUGGCCGCCUUAUGAAUUCUCAACUAGACCCUGACGAGAUUCACCCAAUUAUCCUGCCUCGUCAGUCUCGUUUAACAACAUUGGUCAUCGAAGAAACUCACCGAAGGACACUCCAUGGAGGAACUCAACUCACCCUAGCCCACACACGCCAGAAGUAUUGGAUCAUCGGCGGCAGAUGUACUGUGGGAGCAUAUAUCUCACGCUGCCCUGUCUGCAUCCGAAAUCGUGGACGACAGGCCCAGCAUCUAAUGGGCCAACUGCCUGCAGUCAGAAUAUCACCUUCACGAGCAUUUUCUCAUAUGGGGGUGGACUAUGCCGGCCCAUUCCCUAUUCUCAAAUGGCGACCCACAAAUGCCCAACCAUCUAGCGUUCAUAUUGCAGUAUUUGUCUGUUUCACUACAUCAGCAGUCCAUUUAGAGCUCGUUUCCAGGCAGACAACAGACGCAUUCAUCGGAGCCUACAAGAGUUUGACCGGAAGGACAGGCAUCUCCGAGGUUAUGUACAGUGAUAACCCAGCCACGUUCGUUGGCGCCUCAACAGUCCUCAACAAGCUAUACAACCAGCCAUCCAGAAAGAAUCAACAGAUCCAGGCUGCUCUCGCCCCCAACGGUACUCAAUGGAGCUUUUCACCACCGAGAGCACCCCAUUUCGGUGGCAAAUGGGAGGCAGCUAUCAAAUCAACGAAAUAUCAUCUCAAAAGAGANGGUCAGGCCCUGAGUGGAUAA